CUACAUUUAUGAGGCUAUAGUGUUUAGAUCGGAUGUUCUUGUUAGUCAAAGUAAGAAGCAAAGUUUUUUAUUGGUUCAUAAUAUCUAGGCAAAGUGAUUUAGAAAAAAAUCUUUGUUUUAAAAAUUGUACAUAGAAUGUACAUUACAUUCAUAGCUAGCGCAAACUGAUGGAGGUAUAAAUGUUUGUCCAUGUCUGCACGGAUGUGACUGUAUAUUGUACCCUUUUUUUAUCUCUACUGUUCAGUUCAAUUAUAUACCAGGGGUGUCAAAACUUAUCUGAAAGUCAGUGUGGAGUUUUUGUUUUAGCCCAGAACUAACAUACCUGAUUCUACUUAUCAAGGUCUUGAUUGAAGACUGUGAUUAGUUAAACAGUUAAAUGAGGUGUUGUAGUGCUAGGCUAAUACAAAAACCUGCACCCAUACUGGCCCUUUUUUUGGACAAGAUUGCAUAACCCUGUUGUAGACAUAACGGUUUGACUGCCUGGCAUUAGUAAUCACACUAUAAAAGCCUCACAAGGUUUAAUCACAUGCUGCUUAAAAUAAUGGAACUGGAAACAUAUGUUAAUACAAGCGCAUCCUAAUCUAAGAACAGGUGCUGUGAGUUUAUACCCAGUAGUGAGCAAUUAGUGAUUGAAUGCUUAACUAAUAAAUAUAUUCUAUUAGUGACCUUAUACAGACACCUGGAGCUCACUACAAUGUGUUCAAUUAGAAGCACUCUUCACCCUUACUGUCUCAGUGUAGAAUAAGUGUAGAAGUACUUAGUGUAGAAUAAAAUGAAUGUUCAGAAUCACUCUGAACCGUACUCUGUGCACAAUGUUUGGAGCUGUCAUGACUUGUGGAUUUUACUAGGAACAUAACAGUGUAUAAAGGAUGGUGCUUUCAGAUAUAUCCUGUGCUUAGUACUGUUAGCUGCUUCUUAGUGGUGUUAUCAAAGCUGUUUGAUUUCCAGCUGAGAAGGCUUGUGUUUUGUCAUGAUGCUGAUGAAAAAAAGUCACAUAGGCACCAGGAGCACAGAGACAGUACAGCACUGGACAUGUGAAUUGUUGGCAUACUGCUGUCCUUGAUGCACUAUGAUUUGAAGCGUACUGCCUAUAUGGAGGCGUGCCUUAUCUUCCAUGCUACAUCUUUGAAGGGGUAGUAUGGUCUAGUGGCUACAUCUGCAGGGUGCUAUGGUAUCACAUGCCCAGUUUGUAGGGGACAAACACUGUGCUCAAGUGAAAGGCUUUUAAGGCUGGUGAAUCAAAAUUAGCUCAACGUAAAAACCUGGUCCAGUCUCUGUAGAUCAUAAAGAUCAGAGGGGAUUUGUGUAACUGGAUUAAAACAAGGCAAAACUUUUUGUUAUCUAGGGAAAAUAUCCACUUUAAACAAUUGUGUGACAGCCGUAUUGUUAAACCCACGAUACAAAAUACAAAUGGUUCGAUUGAUUGAUUGAUUAAUUGGUGAUGAAUGCUCCUCUGAAGCACUCUGAAGAUUUUGAAUGAAUCAUUUGAAUGAGUCCAGUAUAAUGCUUUUUCAUAUAAUUUUGUGUCAUUCUAGCACAAGAAAAUAAGAAUUGUCAUGGGCAAAACUUUCAUUAAUAGUUUAAUUAAAUUGAAAUAAUUAGAAAACAACACAUUUAAGCUUCAUACCAUAUGACUGGUAGGCCCUCUGUGCCAGUUUAUAGUAACUUUGUCUGUAGAAGUUGUCAUUACAGUCAACAUACAACAUUCAUGUUUGACAAGUGAAUGUGAUAAAUUGUUUUUUAAAGACACUCUCAUUACCCAUGAACAUCAGAGAGGAUCCCUUUAACACGAUUUAGACAAAGCUGAACUCAUGACCAUAGAAUAUGAAGACUCAUGCUUGUUUUUAUCAUGGACUCCUCUGUGUUGGAUAUGUGAUAAAUCUAAAACAAAAGCAAGACUAUUACGCUUACAAUAGCCAAACUGUUUUGUACAAAGUAACUGCUCUCUUCAUUGCUACCACAGUUUGUGAAGCUGUAGUAAGAAUCUGAAGAAAUGGCUGCUGUUACCGGAACGUUCCGUAUGGUGUCAGAGGAGGAGCAGGCCCUUCGGGGCAAGCUGGAGCAUCUCACUGUGAAGGACCAUGGGCCUGUGUUCGGGCCCUGUGCCAAGCUGCCAGACCACACUGUGCAGAAGGCGAAGGACGAGCUUAACGAGACUGACGAGAAACGCGUGUCCGCCGUAAAGGAGCUGCGCACCAUAAUCAAAGAAAACGCGGACAUUGAUGAGCUGACGAAAGGCGUGCACGAUACGUUUGGGGACAAACCCGACUCUCUGCUCCUGAGGUUCAUCCGCGCCCGAAAAAACGACGUGAACAGGUCCUAUGAGCUCAUGAAGGGUUAUGUGCGCUUCAGGCAGCAGUAUCCCGAGCUGUUUGAAAACCUGACCCCAGAAGCUGUGCGCAGCACCAUCGAGGCUGGCUACCCUGGCAUCCUACCAACCAGGGACAAGCACGGCCGUGUGGUGCUGCUCUUCAACAUCGAAAACUGGGACUAUGAGGAGAUCACCUUCGAUGAGAUCCUGCGCGCUUACUGUGUCAUCCUCGAGAAGCUUCUAGAGAACGAGGAGACUCAGAUCAAUGGCUUCUGCAUCAUCGAGAACUUCAAGGGCUUCACCAUGCAGCAGGCCUCUGGCAUCAAACCCACUGAGCUCAAGAAAAUGGUGGACAUGCUGCAGGACUCCUUCCCAGCCCGUUUCAAGGCAGUCCAUUUCAUCCAUCAGCCCUGGUACUUCACUACCACCUUCAACGCAGCCAAACCCCUCAUGAAGAGCAAACUGCUGGACAGGAUAUUCAUUCACGGCGAAGAGCUGGAUAACUACUUUAAGGAGUUCGAGGCCGAUAUCCUCCCGUCUGAUUUUGACGGGAAUGCCCCCAGUUAUGACGGCAAGGCAGCGGCUUCAAAGCUAUUUGGAUCUGAGGACACCGCCCUCUAAUCACUAUCCCCACAAAACAAUGCUGUGAUUCAUAGACUCUGGAAAAACACACAACAAUGUAUAGGAGAUUGUUACUUUUAGAGCAGGAGCACUCAACCCUGGUCCUGGAGGGUCUCUGAUUGUGAAUAUGCUUGAUUGGGGCUCCCCAGGACCAAAGCUGAAGAGCUCACAUUUUAGAUGAUGUCUUAUGUAAGUAUUCAAGAUACCUUGUUGUUUUAAGAGGUUAAUUUAUGCCAUGCAGGUGUUCACAUAACAAAGUUGGACAAACCUUAGUAGAGGCUCCACUGUGUCUCCAAAACUGGCUAUAAACAUGGAAAAAGUCAAAGAAGGAAAAGAAGGGACCUGGAUCUGGGACUCUUGGGUUGUAGGAAAGAGGGCAGGCAUUCCACAUAUCUUCAUCCCUCCACAAUAUUGUCCAAUAGUAUUAAUUCAACGUGGUAAGUGACACUGCAUGGGACCUCUUUCCCAACUGUUAAGUCUCACUGCAGGUUGGUUCUGAUAUGUUGAGCAAUCCUUGAUUUAGGACUCCUCUGUUCUUGUGUAGGUUUGCUUUGAAUGUGCACCUCUGACUGAUCCCCCUCCCCCCUCUGCUUGUUUUGAUGGAAUGUGGCAGUCCUGUCCGUAACAGGCCCAGUGCCUCCUGAAUCAUCACUUCCUGCUACACUGCAGGUAGAAAUAUGCAAAAUGAAGGCAAAAAAAUUUAGGACUUUUUUAUUGAUAACUGAAAAGCAGUAUUACCCCUGUUGUAUUUUCUGUAGUCUUAUAAGAGUGAUAUCAAAAAGAUGUCACAAAGACACAAUGUUUACAAUGAAAUGUUUAUAAAACCUGGUUAUCUGUACUUCGUAAAUGGUGAAUUUCAUUUGUUUCAAUUGAACCAUUUUUCUUUAAAGUGAACAUUCAACCUUAAAUAAUUAAUCACAAAGUAUUUCAUUUCCCUAAAUUAAAGCUGUAGUCAGAAACAGUAGAUUUGUUACCUGCGGGGCCUUUCCAUUAUCCCAUCAUAAAUCGCAUAUUGUAUUGCACAACUAUCACAGCACUGGUGUAUCAACCCUCCUCAGAUUACAUAUAGUAUGAGUGAGUGGGAGUAGAACGGCAGUGGGCCAGGCGAGGUUAAUUCUGCUUUAAAAGCAGGAUAUAUAAGGUGAAUUCUAGUGCUCAUAACCACUGGAGUAAUUAUUCAUCCUAUAUAAAAAAAAAAACACUGCCAACAUGGACUAGAAAUAUUUGAUGGGCCACUUUCAGUAAAGUUUUGAUAUUUCCAUUUUGUUACUUCAUUUAGCAAGCCAGUUAAUUUCCCAUAAAUACAAUGAAUCAUUAUACUAUUUAACAGACUGAAAAACAACGGUGUUUUGAACUAACUUAUGCACUGUAGAGCAACGCUUUUCACCAAGUUCGGCUGUCGUUUCCACAUAUUUUGGCCACCAGAGGGCUCUGUGGUUAUUUUUUCAGAUGUACAAAUGAGAAUUACAUAUAAAAACAGACCAAAUGCCUUUCUAGUACGAAAGCCUGAAGCCUUUGUUUUUUUGUUGUUGCCAUGAUUCAACCUUCAACACAAAUUCCUUAUAGGUUAUAAGUGGGUUACUGACAUUUUUAAAUGCAUGAGAAUUUUAAAUGAAAAAUAUAUAUUUCAAACUGCACAUAAAAUAAGAUCAGGAAAUAUCAUGAUCAUGUUUCCAACCCUCCUUCAUUACCAGUGGAGCUUCUUGGUAACAUUAAAGUCUUCAGGCUCACUGCAUACCACACCAAGGCUCAGUACGGAUGAAAUUGUCAUUCAUUAGAUAAGCUUCAUGAAUUACAACUAAUCUCAAGAAAAUCAUUUCUUUAUAUGAUUAUAUACAGCCUAAAAUUGGCUAUAUA